UAUACCUUCAAGUUUUCAUUUAAAGAUGGAACUAAAUUUACAUAGAGUGGACUAUACAAUUGUCGGAUUAACAGAGCCCAAUUGUAUGAAACUGUUACCCGGUGAUACACCCAAAUCCCAACAGAAGGUUGCAAUAGCUGACAGUGAUGGAAUUUUACAAGUUUUUUCAAUUAAAAAAGACGACAUACAAAUACAUUUCAAAACUUUGCCUGGACCACCAAUAACUGCAUUGAAAACUGCUGGAGCUAUUGGUACUCCGUACGACAAGAUCUUUAUUGCUACGGAGAACGAGGUUAAAGGUUAUACCAAGAAAGGGAAGUUGUUUUUGACUUUUGAUUCAGGUAUCACCGAGAAGAUACAAUCAAUGUUUGUUUUGGGCAGUGAACUAAUACUUUGUGGUACCCAUAUUUUUAAUCACUAUAGAGACUGCAAGGAAGUUGGUUCUUAUUUAUGUGGGGAUAAAAUAGUUGAUGUUAUUUCUAUGUAUUCUCAUAAGACUAGGAGAUUUCUUUCUCUGAUAGCAUGUGAAGGUCGAAUGAUAAGAGUCAUCGAACAUGCAAGAGUAACUUUUAGUAUUGAAGUUGAAAAUACUCCAACAGUUUUAUAUUUUUUCGAGGAAAACAACGACAAACUAAUAUUGUUUGGUACUGUGGAUGGACGAAUUGGAAUUGUAGAUGUGGAUAGUUUACAAGGAUUUGAACGCUGGUUACUUACUAAUGAAACUAACUCUGCAGCUAUAUCUUGCAUAGAUACCUAUGAUUUAACUGGAAAUGGAAACAAAAAUCUAAUAGUUGGCAGGCAAGAUGGUAACGUGGAAGUUUAUAACCUUAACAUGUUCGACCCUUUAGAUAAACCUAUACUUAUUUACGAAAUGAAUUGCAAUGAAAGCGUAACGGGAAUGCAAACUGGAAUUGUGGGAUGUCAAGGAUAUGAAGAAAUUCUUAUCGUAACGUACACCGGAAGAGUUAUUGGUUUAACGACGCAAACUAUAGAUUCCAAUGUAGAUAAUACUGGAAGUUUUACUGUGGACAAUUCACAGAAAGUUCAAAAACUAAAAUUGGAAAUUGAAGAAUUACAAAAUAAAGUCAUGAAGGAACGCGAAAGUUAUCAAACCUCCACGCACUCAUUUUUUGACGAAUUUUCAGCUAUAUCUCUUCUCUCAAUUAAGGAUUCAUUUACAUUAGAAAAAACGACGUCAACGUAUACAUUAUCUAUAGAGGUUCCGACUGCCAUAGAUAACAUUCUUUUACAAAGCAAUGUUUCUUUAAAGUUGAUUGAUGUUGAAAAAAAUUCAGCAGUUGUCAGUUACAGUGAUUCGGAUACAAACAGUGGCAACAAGUUGUUAGCAACUUAUCGAUGUCAAAUAAACACAAAUAGGUUGGAACUAAAGAUUCGCACUGAGGAAGGUGAAAAGGGCACUUUACAGGUAUAUGUAACUCCUUUGGUUCAACCAAAAUGCAGCAGAAAUUUGCAAUACGACAUUAAGGCACUGUCUUUACAUUACAGAAUUCAUGAUUUUGAUAGCAAGCGGUCCUUUAAUAAAUUAAUAUUCAAAGGAGGGUUUAGUUUAGCUGAAAUACAUUCGUGGAUUAGUAAUUGUCUGCCUGAAGUGCCCGAGAAGCCUCAAAUAUUAGAUAAAAAUAUUUUAUGGUUUCAGUCCAGUCUUUUGGGCACAAUUCUUCAAUGUUCUUAUACUAAAAAUGAAGGAGAAUUUUUAUCAGAUAAUGUGUCGACCAUCAGUAUUUUAAAGGAUUAUCUGACAAUUGAGGCAACAAAAAAGAAAAUUAAAGUGGAGUUUGCUACAACUGUUGCUGACGACUCGAUUGAUACUGUUUUGGAUUUAAUUAAUAAUAAAAUAGUCACAGAGAAAAGUAACGAAAAAGAUUUGACAUUAUUAAAUGCUUUGAACGAGUUAGAAGUAACUAAUGAAGAAAUAUCCGGUUCUUUGUGCCAAAAAUAUAAAGAGAUUUUAGCUAACAGCAAAACCAUUAUACAAAAAUCGCAACCUGGAUGUUUGGAGAGACUAUAUGGCACCAUUAGUAACUUAUAUGUAAACUAUUAUAAAUUUAAAGGAGCUAAUGUGGUUUCGAAACUGCCGAAUUUACUCCGGGUUCUUGAAAAUUAUUCUUACGAGGGUUUAUUGGAUUUUUUCAGACCCAAUAGAAAUGAUGAAUAGUACUAAUAAAAUAUUUAUAGUUAACUGAUUUAUUUUAUUUCUUACAAGACAUUGAACUUUGAUAUAUUUUAGAUAUAAAAUAAUAUUCGAUGCAUUGUGUAGG